AUGUCAAAACUCCGCGUCCUCAUCAGCGGCGCCUCCGUCGCAGGCCCAGCCCUAGCAUACUGGCUCGUCCGCGCAGGCUGCAGUAUCACAAUAAUUGAACGGGCUCCUAGCCUUCGCAGCGCUGGUCAGGGCAUCGACGUCCGCGACACGGCUCGGGACGUGAUUAAGCGCAUGGGCAUCUUCGACAUCAUGCGGGCGAAGAGCUCACAGGAAGAAGGGAUUAUGUUCGUUGAUAGCAAUAACCGUCCGUACGCGGAAUUCGGCGUCGAUGAUUCGGGCGAGGGCGAUAGCAUGACGUGCGAUAUUGAGAUUCUUAGGGGCGAGUUGGCGAAGAUACUCUUUGAUGUUACGAAGGAUGAUGUGGAGUAUAUUUUUGGCGAUAUGGUGGAGAGCUUGCAGGAGACGGGGAAGGAUAUUGUGGUGAGUUUUGCUAGUGGGACGCCGGAAAGGGCUUUUGAUCUGGUGGUUGGUGCUGAUGGGAUUGGUUCGAGUAUCCGUGGUAUGGCUUUUGGGAGAGAGGAGUUGAAUGUCAGGUCUCUGAACGCGUACGUAUCGUACUUCUCGAUUCCAAAAACCGAUAUCGACACGCUGUGGUCACGAGUUCAUUGGAUCACAGGUGGUCGGAACAUGGUCAUGCGUCCAGAUAAUAUGGGCCGAACCCGAGCCUUUUUAAGUCUCAUAGCCUACUCGGCAUCAGACGAAAGACUUGUUCAACUUGGGAAGGCAGCAAGAGAAGGCAUCCCCGAGCAAAAAGCCGUCGUGCAAGAGCUCUUCCAAGACGGCGACUGGGAGAUCCAGAGGAUGCUAGAGGGCAUGCACGAGUCGGAUGACUUCUACAUGCAGUAUAUCGGACAAGUACGUCUGGAUCGCUGGUCCAGCGGCCGUGUGACCGUCGUCGGCGAUGCGGGAUACGCUCCGUCGCCGUUUAGUGGCAUGGGAACGUCGCUUGCCUUCCUCGGCGCGUAUGUUCUCGCAGGCGAGAUAUCGAAGCAGCCAGACAACAUCCCUGCCGCGUUGCUAUCUUACGAACGUAUUCUGCGCCCGCAUGUCGAGAGCAUACAGAAUCUGCCUCCUGGGAUACCAUGGAUUGUCAAUCCUCAGUCGAUGAUGGGCGUUCGGGUGCUGGAGACUUUUAUCUGGGGCGUUGGAUGGCUGUCCAAGAUAGGCGUAACUACUUUGGCCUCGAAAAUCACGGCGUAUCUUCCGAUCGGCGGGAAAUUGUUCAAGUUGCCUGAGUAUGAGGCGUUUAACAAGUAG